CUUGCCCCUCCUCAACUUAUUCCUUCUUCAACCAUCCAGGCCAUUUCUGAGAUACACCCACCACCAUGGCGGACCUGAACCUAGUCGAAGUGGACUCGCUAGAAGCCGUUGUUAUCAUCGACAAUGAGCUGGAUCCCAUGUCGACAAUUGCUCCUGACACCGUCCAGGUCUCUGGCCUGAUGGGCCAUCUGGCCAUGUCCUCACCCCAUCAUCUACAGGACCGAGGGGAAGCCCAUAAAGAGCUUCAGAUGGAGGAUAUCUGCUGUUCAGCCCAUGGCCUAUCGAUUCUUAUAACUGCGACCAAAGGCGAUAAGAAGCACUCGGUCCUGUUCGACGCAGGGCCCGAGGAGGAUGCAUGGGAGAGAAAUGCUCGACGCCUGCGACCCGAUCUUUCUUCUGUAGAGUUGAUUCAUCUGUCCCACUGGCAUCGGGAUCAUUCAGGAGGAAUUCCCCGGGCCAUUAAGAUGAUCAACGAUGCUAAGGAGGCAAAAGGUCUCGCCAAAGAUCUCAUAGUAGAUCUCCAUCCAGAUCGUCCCGACUAUCGAGGCUUUGCCAUGAUGGAGAAUAUCAUAUCCCUUCAGGCAGAUCCUUCUUUUGCAGAGAUCGAGGCAGCCGGUGCUACAGUUCAGAAGCAUAGUGAUACCCACACAGUCCUGGAUGAUUUCUUUCUCAUAUCUGGUGAGAUCCCUCGCCAAACACCGUACGAGACCGGCGUCAAGGGUGGGAUGCGGUUCGAUAAGCGUGAGAACGACUGGGUCUCGGAUGAGAUCAUUGCUGACGAGCGAUUCAUCAUGUGCAAGGUUAAAGUCUCAGACAAAGGAGCUGUCAUGUUCACUGGCUGCAGCCAUGCUGGGGUGGUCAACUGUACCAAACAUGCAAUCAAGCUUGCAGGUAAAUCUGUUCCUCUGCAUGCAGUUAUUGGAGGCUUUCAUCUUGCCACCAGUGACUCAGUCCAGACAGAACGCACUAUCAAGGAUCUUAUUGAUCUGGAUCCUGCCGUUCUUCUCCCUGGACACUGCACUGGGUGGAGGGCCAAGUUUGCCAUUGAACGGCGCAUGCCUGGUCUACUUGUUCCAUGCUCGGUGGGCAUGAAAAUUAAAUUUUAAUCAUUCAACCGUCGUACGCUACGCUUACUGUAUAUAAGGAUAAGGAUUGCUCGAAAUCCCCACCGAGCGUUGGUAGUUUUACAGGCCCCAACAUACGAUAACCAUGAUGAUGUAUCCUUCGACAUACAAUGAACGAGACUCCGCCUAUACCAGCCGUCUCGGGUAAUAAAU